AUGUACAAAAUUAAGCAACGUUAUUUUUGGCCUUCAAUGUAUAAAGACAUUGAUAAUUAUGUUAAAUCAUGCAUUUUAUGUGCACAAUUUAAUCCUCGUCGACAAAAAGCUCCUGGUACAUUAAAACCUAUUCAACCUCCCGAUGGAGUUUGGCAAUUAGUAGCUAUGGAUUAUCAUGGACCUAUUACUCCAACAACUCAACGUGGAAAUAAAUAUAUUAUAUCUCUUACCGAUGUAUUAUCAAAAUUCGUUAUUACAAAAGCCGUACGUGAUAAUACGACUCAUACAGCUGUUAGAUUUCUUAAAGAAGAUGUUAUUUCAAAAUUUGGAACACCUCGAUGUAUUCUUACCGAUAACGGAACGCAUUUCACAUCAACAAUGAUGGAUGAAUUAAUUAAACAAAUUGGAACAACACAUCUUUAUUCAACACCUUAUCAUCCGCAAACAAAUGGUCAAGUUGAACGAUGCAAUUCAACAAUGGAUGCAAAGAUCGCAGCUUUAUCAAAUUUACGCAAAGCCGAUUGGGAUGAUCAAUUACCAUUUGUAACAUUUAAUUACAAUACAUCAAUUCAUUCGUCAACCAAACAAAUACCGUUCGAAAUGAUGUAUGGUCGAUCACCUGUGUUACCAUUUGAUCAUCAAAAUACACAUGUUACAUUAUCAUAUGAUCCCGAACAUUCGAAGAAAUUAAAUCAAUUUUUAUUGAAAUUAAAUGAACAAGCGAAAAUAAAUAUUAUAAAAAAUCAAGAACGAUACAAACAACGUUAUGAUGUAAAUCGUUCAAAUCCCACGUACAAAAUCGGCGAUUUAGUUCUUUGCAAAACACUCAACAUUCGUCAUAAAUUCGACAUUCGUUACGAAGGACCGUUUAAAAUUAUUUCACAACUCACACCGAAAACAUUUAUCAUUCAACACGUAAAAAAAUUAACAUUAUAUCGUCAAGUUACGACCGACGUGUUACUUCCAAUAUUCGAACGCAAUUAUUCAUAA